AUGAACUGCGACAUCUGUCAAAGAUCUCACAACCCUCAACGGUUGCCCUUUUUGUGUGCUGUUGAUGCUCGCAAUCACUGCUAUGAAGGUCGUCUCAAGAAUCUGCAGUUGUUGAUAGAGAAUGAGGGUCUUCAGAAACAGAUCAAUGACCUCCUUGCUGAAGACACAGCAACCGAUGCGCUCGACCCGACUAUCGCUGUUGAACGUUCGACCUCCGAACAGAAGAUGGCUGAAGUUCGAACGGACCAGAUCAUCGCUCAGGCUGAUAAGCUGAGGGAUGAGAUCGCCGCUGCCAGGAAGGAGAUUACUGAUCGCAAGGCUGCCAUUUCUCGUCGAAAGUCGGAUCUUGCAUCUGCGUCGAGUGGCAUCGCUACUCGGAGAACCAGGCAGCUCGAGGAGGCCGAGCGCUCCAUUUCCGUUGCCAAGUACAAAUGGGUCCGCAGUGCUGAUCAGAUGUCGUCCACCCGAGCUUUCCUUUGUAUGGAAGCAGCCAAACUGUACGGUCUCCGCCGUGUCAAGAAGGGCUCGUCUUCUCGAUACGAGUAUAAGCUUGGCGGGGUUGACGUGAUUGAUCUUUCCUCUAUGAAUGCGGCAUCGCCCGAAGCCCUGUCAACCUCUCUGGCCAACAUCGCCCAUAUUCUGGCGUUAACGUCCCAUUAUCUCUCCAUCCGGCUUCCUGCGGAGAUCACGCUACCCCAUCGUGAUUACCCGCGUCCUACCAUCUUCAACCUCGCCUCAUCUUACCAGCAUGGCGAAGUUCCGUUUCCCGGUACUUCAACCGUUCCUAGCUUUACUUCGGAGGAGCGCGAUAAUCAGCCGCACUACAUCCCUCGGCCGCGGCCACUGUUCGUCGACAAGGCCCUGCCCGUACUAGCCAAAGAAGACCCGGCUGCCCAUUCCCUCCUUCUGGAGGGUGUGACUUUGUUGGCGUAUGAUAUCGCCUGGGCAUGCAGCACUCAGGGGGUCUUUGUUGGGGAUCGCAACUCAUUCGAGGAUGUUUGCCAUAUGGGCCGCAACCUGUAUAAUUUGCUCAUCGGCCAACAACUCCAUAGUACUCAAACUGGUCGACUCUAUCCCCCGCCUACAUCAUCACCCACGACGAAGCACGACAACCCCGACCAGGAAGAGCUUGGCAAAGCCCCAUCUUGGAUGGGACGAUACUCUCACGGCACAGCUUACGCGUUCCUUGGUAGCGCGGAGGGAUCCGAAUUUGUUCGCAGCUUCAAACUUCCUAGCCCCUUGAAACUUGCCGAUAAGCUCAAGAAAAAGCUUGUCAGUGAGGUUGCGGUUCCAGAGUGGGAGGUUCUCGAGGAUGAUGCGUGGGCUAUUGAUGAAGGUGAAGGUCAGGCUGCUCGGGCUGGUGGUGCUGGUGGUGGGGGUGGUGGUACGAACGGCUGGACAAAGGUGAAAAACAGGUAA